CUGGCCCUGUCUACAGACACUCUCGAGAAACCUGGGCCAAAAGAUUUGCUUGAUCCGAUAUUGACCAUCAUCUCGGUGUACGCAAAGGUCUUCAUUGUCUUGGACGGGCUUGACGAAUGUGGAGACAACGUGGCGGAAGUAGCUGAAGCUAUCAAAUUCCUUUUUGAGGCAUCGUUUUCCGCCAGCAUUGCAGUGUUCAGCCGAGACGAGCCGGUAAUUCAAGACGAGUUCGCAGCUGAGUUCGCUCAUAUCGAGAUUGCGGCUCAUACAGAAGACCUCGAUAUCUACAUCCGUGCCGAGAUGGCCCACAGAAGACAACCGCACAAUCUCAGCAUCCAGAAUCCGCUAUUUGCCGAAGAGAUCCGGCACCAGCUUGUCAACGGAGCACAAGGAAUGUUCCGAUGGGCAUCAUGCCAGCUAGACUAUCUCUGUGAUCCGAGUACCAACCGUGCCCGGCGGGAAGCUCUGACAAAGAAGCCCCUUGAUGGCCGCUUGUACUUUUGGGAGGUUGGAAGCUGUCAAGAUGCUUCUUCGCAGCGGCGCGGCGGUGGCCUAUACUAA